AAAAUUUCCCGGCCGUAAACGGUCGCCAUAAGGUGUAGAGUUGCUUUCCGAUUGCAACAGUCGAUCUUGGGUCCAGCGGUUUUUAGCACUGAAAAUUUGAAAAUAUUGCAAACCAGCAUAGGUAGAGAUUCUUUUUGUGACAGAUGUUAAUCUUUUGUCUACCUGCCAAAAAUUGUACUUUCUACCUGAAUUGGUGGACUGGCUUAUAAGACAGCCUCCGGGCACAUAAAUGUCUUAGUUGCAAUAAGUUCUUCAGCAUGAAAACAAUUAUAUACAUGCUAUUUGCGUUUUCUUAUAUUCAGUGUGUUUUUCCCGAUUUGGCGAAGCUGCAAAGGAAAUCACAUACCGAGGAAUUCGAGGGAGUACCCCCCUUAUUUAGAGCUAUGUCAUCUUCUCCAAACGAUGGCUACACAUACAAUUGGAGCGUGGUCUCAUUUUCGACGGAUGAUUACGACAGUUAUAAUCUAUCCGAGUCCCUCGUGAACUGCACUGUACUCUAUUUGGAUCAGUGCACAUCCUGGAACAAGUGCCGCCAAACAUGCUUAAAGACUGGAGCCACCAGUUACAGAUGGUUCCAUGAUGGUUGCUGCGAAUGUGUGGGCGAAUAUUGUGUAAACUACGGUGUAAAUGAGAGCAGGUGCCGCAUGUGUCCUGAGCCGAGUUCUGAUGACGAAGAUGAGGAUUAA